CACCUUCACUCUCUCUAUCUCCCUCACUCAUGACUGAUCUGAUAUUCUUAUCUCUCUACUCUCAGUACUCACGCUGUGCUUGCUUUCUCAGCGUCUCCUUAGCCUCUGCUUCUGGGGGACUUUCCCCCGCCUCGCCGAUAUUAUCUCUCCCACCCACCAUUUCCCACUAAAAGAUCAAGACAUUCUCUCAUUCUCUCUCUCUCUCUCUCUAGCUAGCUCAAGCUUAGGGCUAUAGCUGCCUUGAGAUUAUCAUCUUUAUAUGUUUUCAGUGCCAUUUGUUUUUCCGGCGGAAAAGUAGAAGCGAGAAGAACGCCUGAAAGAAGACAGAUUUUGCAUGAACAACAAAUUAAGCUAGCGUAAGUAUCUGAUAUUAUUAUUUCCAUCGGCUCAAAAGGAGGGGUCUCAAAUUAGCAAGGAAUAGCGACAAAAGAGAGAAGAAAACGGAGGGGUCUCAAGGAGAAAGAAAGAGAUCAAAGCAUUGCCUGUUCAAAGGACGUCGUACAAGCAAGAAAGACCAAGAUAGGGAGGAAAAAGAGGGGCCGACUGUGAAAAGCUUCAAGGGCUCUUGGCAAAUUAUCCAUCCGGUUUCAUCAGCGGCCACAUCUAUCAUCAUCAAUAUCAAUACUAGAAUAGCAGUAGUUUGAAGAAAGAAAAGGGGAGAAAGUAAAAGAUGGCAUCAUCAUCGAAUUCCCCAUGUGCAGCGUGCAAGUUUCUGCGGCGCAAAUGCCAGCCGGAGUGCGUUUUCGCACCAUAUUUCCCACCGGACCAACCCCAGAAAUUUGCAAACGUGCACAAGGUGUUUGGUGCAAGCAACGUGACUAAGCUUCUGAACGAGUUGCACCCGCACCAGCGCGAGGACGCCGUGAAUUCCCUCGCCUAUGAGGCCGACAUGCGUCUCCGAGACCCCGUCUAUGGCUGCGUCGGAGUCAUCUCUCUCCUCCAACACCAACUCCGCCAGCUCCAGAUGGACCUCAGCUGCGCCAAAUCUGAACUCUCCAAAUACCAAAACUUGGGAAUCACAAGCCACGGUCUCAUCGCAGCCGCCGCCGCAGCAGCCACUGCCACCAACCACAACCACCAGCAGAACUUGGGAAUCAAUCUGAUCGGUGCCGGCCGCGACCACCAUCAUUACCAUCACCAGUUCUUCCCAAGGGAUCAUAUUCAUCCGCAGCAGAUGAUCAGGAGCUUCGAUUCAGGAAACAACUAUGAUGCAAGCCUUUUGGCCAUGAAUGUCUCGGCGAGCAUAGGACAACUGAGUCAGUUUCAGCAAACUAGGGCUGCUGCUGGGGACGACCGCCGCACAAUUGAUCCUUCUUAGGGUUUCUUCCCUUCCAUGGAUCAAAAACUUGCCCAAACCCAUAAAUGGUACAUGACAAUCGAUGCUUUGAUUAUUAUUAUUAUUAUUAUUAACUAUUUUAAUGCUGUGGGAAUGUCAUGAUUAAAUUAUUGGGUGACCUCCUGAUGAUCAUUUUUAUGCAGAUUGUAAGCCAGAAAAUUAUUAGGGACUGGGUUUUACUUGUAAUAUUUUAAUUAUCAAAAUUAGUUGCCC